AUGGAAAGCAUCCGAGCAGCGAUCAAGCGCAGGCUCAGCCACAAGGAUCAGAAUGCCAAUUUUGACGAACACGACUCUGCCGAUGAAGAAACCACAGACUAUGUCACCAGAGAGGCCGAGGAAGCUGAGAAGGAGGGACAUGAUACAGGAAAGCCAGGCAGCUUCCUGAACCGCCUGAUCCUGCACGGCAACAAAAAGACCGAGGAACAACUUGCACGAGAGAUGGCGGCCGCAAACCCGGAGGCCGGAGCUGCUGAUAAAGUGGUGGUACAACGAUAA